AUGCCUGAAAUUGAAAUUACAGGAGCGCUCGCAAGGAUGUUGCUAAUACUUCUGGCAUCUUUUGUAAUAUUUCUUCAUUUAUUAUGGUGGUUCUUCGUUGCAAAACUGUCAGUUGAUAACAUUGAGAAAAGAGCUGUAUUGGUCACCGGAUCUGGUUCAGGUUUUGGAAAAGCAUUUGUUGGAAAAUGUUUGGAUGAGGGAAUGACGGUGUUUGCUGGGUGUCAUCGUCAAGUAUCUGCAGACAAGUUGAUCGAGGAGUUUAAAGGGAAGAAAGGACACCUUGAAGCAUUUCAAAUGGAUGUGACAUCGGACGAGAGUGUCAAUAAAACUAAAGAAUUUAUUGAAAAAAAGCUUCAAACACUAAAAAAGGAAUUCUGGGCGGUGGUGAAUAACGCAGGCGCUUACGAACCUUGCUUAUGUGAUGCUUUCGCAGAUCUGGACUUGUACAAGCGAAUGAUGGAAGUCAACGGAUAUGGUGUGAUAAGAGUAACCCAUGCGUUCAGACCUCUCAUUAAACGUUCAAAGUAG